AUGUGUGAACAUAAACUCACUCCCAAUCUACAUUAUGUGAAAUCAUUGUUUCUUGGUUGGUUAUUUGAGUCAUUGAAGAACGCCAUUGCUUCAAAGCAGGAUUUAUGCAGGGGAGGUAGGAAUCGAGGGGCUUAUACUUCACAAUUUGACCAAUUACAUGAUGAUAUGAUGACGAUAACUACAAUACAAAAGUUAAUGGGUCUAUUGAUGACUGGCGGAGGUCAGGGUGGUGCUAGGGUGGUUCAGGAAGCUCUGCAUAUCGGUGAAACUGUUGAACAUAAGGUUAGUUGA